AUGGCACCUUCUAUCCGAACUACUUGCUUCGAUGCUCGAUUACUCCGCGGCCUCGUAGGCACUACGGUCACUACAUAUGACCUUGUCUCGGAUGGUGCAUCCCCAGAAUCUACCUCCCCUGCCCCCUCCACCGAAAUCUCUCGCGCUAUAUCCUCCCCCGUCACACCUUCUGCUCUAUCGGCUUCUCCAACGACAGUCGUGUCUGCCUCGUCAGGGAUCUCCCGCACGUGGAUCAUUACAGAGGAAGUCUCGGAGAGAGCAGCUCCUCGGACAGAUAACGAUGUCAAGAUGGGACGCGGAUCAGCCAAGACUAUUCCUAUCACUGGAACGGAGGAUGCUGAUCAUGACACAUUGGCUCGACAGGCCGUUCCUCCUGGAGUGUGUGGCGAGCUAGAGUGCUUCAAACAGCCGCGGAGUGGACGCUGUACCGCUGCUCCUCGUUUUAUUGGUCACGCAGUUAGUACACAAGGAGACCACGGCCUCCUUCCUGGCGGCUACAUCGGAUACCUUGUGUGGGAAAAGGUCCCCGGGGAGCCUCUUACUGAGGAAUUUUUCUGGGGCUUAGAUGGUGCCACACGCAAAGACAUCCGGUCUGAGUUUCGUGCCGCCUAUGAAGAGAUGAUUGGUUGCGGGGUAGCACCAGGCCAGGCCAGACUCUCGAAGAUCAUCUUUGAUCAAUCCACAGGCAGUCUUCAUAUUUCGGGGUUCCGACGGGGAUGGCCAAGUAUCAGUAAACUUGGAUGGUCGGAGGCUCGUUACAUCGAGUAUGGAUUGGCUGAACCAAGCAAAGAGAGCGACUGGAUCCUUCACCCAGAAAACUGGCAGUGGUAG